ACGCAGAGAUGAUGAAGGGGGACUGGACAGUGUAUUGGAGAAAGUCGAGGAGGUUGUCCUGGCUGCUCAGGGUUUAUCUGAGGUGACCACUGCCAUCCAGGAACUGUCUGAACUGGUCCAUCAAAACAGGAAGACAACAUUGGUACUGACAACAGUCCAGGAAUGUGAGGGAUAUCUUCACUUGUCUAGUUUGCAGAGGACGGUCAGCCUGGGGGAGUUUCAAAGUGGGAAACUUGUCACCAGCAGAAUGGUGGUGAUAAAAUUCACAGAGCAAGAGGCCACUGUACCAAUUAUGACUGCAAAAGUGAAAGAUGCCCUAGGAAUUAAUGACCCAGUCAUUUUGACAGACCACAAUGCAGUUGAAAUACUAGACUCCGAAGGAACAAGAGGGUCCUUUUACUGGAAACAAAACUCACGAAAAAUCAUGGCUGUAUUGGAGGCUGAUUUCCAAGCUAUGAAACAGAAGAGGCGGAGAAUCUCACGCAGAGAUGAUGAAGGGGGACUGGACAGUGUAUUGGAGAAAGUCGAGGAGGUUGUCCUGGCUGCUCAGGGUUUAUCUGAGGUGACCACUGCCAUCCAGGAACUGUCUGACCUGGUCCAUCAAAACAGGGAGACAACAUUGGUACUGACUGAAGAACAGUCCAGGAAUGAUUCAUGGAAGAUCCGGUAUUCGCAGCAUGCUGUGAAAGCUUAG